GCGGAAACACAAGAAGAAGUGGACGAUGCAUUUCCGGUUUGCGCUGCGUGUGCUUUUCGUUUGAAGUUUGGUGUUUCAAGUUGAAUUUGGGAUAAAAGCGGAGAAUCUGCGGACAUGGCGAGGAACGCAGAAAAGGCCAUGACGGCUCUGGCCCGCUUCAGACAGGCUCAGCUGGAGGAGGGAAAAGUAAAGGAGAGGAGACCUUUUCUGGCCUCAGAGUGCAAUGAACUUCCUAAAGCAGAAAAAUGGAGGCGACAGAUCAUCAGUGAGAUCUCUAAAAAGGUUGCUCAGAUCCAGAACGCCGGUCUUGGAGAGUUUAGGAUCAGAGAUCUGAAUGAUGAGAUCAAUAAGCUGCUCAGAGAAAAACGUCACUGGGAAGUUCGGAUCAAAGAGCUUGGUGGACCCGACUAUGCGCGAUUCGGUCCCCGGAUGUUGGACCAUGAGGGGAAGGAGGUUCCAGGGAACCGGGGCUAUAAGUACUUUGGAGCGGCCCGGGACCUGCCUGGCGUCAGGGAGCUGUUUGAGAAAGAGCCUACUCCGGCACAGAGGAAGACAAGGGCGGAGCUGAUGAAGGACGUGGAUGCAGAAUACUAUGGUUACAGAGACGAAGAUGACGGCGUGCUACUUCCUCUGGAGGCGCAGUACGAGAAACAAGCCAUGUUGGAGGCGGUGCAGAAGUGGAAAUCAGAAAAAGAGUCUCGUCUUUCUGGAGAUAAGCAACAGGAGGAAGAAGAGGAAGAAAGCAUAUACACCACUUAUACCGAAGAGCCAGAUGAUCAGGAGAGCCGGGAGGAGUUUGAUGGAGAGGAGGGAGGAGUGAGCUUCAUCGCACACGUACCUGUCCCAUCGCAGAGAGAGGUGGAGGAGGCUCUGGUGAGGAGGAAGAAGAUGGAGCUGUUGCAGCGCUACGCCAGUGAAACUCUUCAGGCUCAAAGUCAAGAAGCCAGAACUCUGCUGGGACUUUGACCCAUUUAUCUGUUUGACCUGUUUGUCUGUAGUAAAUAUUGUCUCCUUUUUGUACCUGGUUCUCAUUAAAAACACUUUUCAGUUCA